GCAGUGAGUCGUGUCACCUCAAACCAUAGAAGAAGAAAUUAAACGCGGGUGUUUUGAGUGUUGCUAGCUAACAGCCAGCCAGUGUUAGCCCGGCUCGGUCCCCCGCCAUGGAGCCCGCAGAGAGCAGGUAUGCCCACCUGCUGCAGCCAAUCAGAGAGCUCACCAAGAACUGGGAGAUUGAUGUGGCGUCUGAGUUGAACGACUACCUGGAGGAGCUGGACGAGACCACCAUCACCUUCGAUGGAGGACAAACCAGCCUGAACUUUGCAGAAGCUGCGCUGCUCAUUCAGGGAUCCACCUACAUCUACAGCAAGAAGGUGGAGCUGCUUCACAGCCUCGUGUGCCAAACUCUGGAGUACAUCAACGACAAGAACAAGAAAAAAAGCCAAAAGGCAGCGCAGGCUCAGGAUAACGCAGCAGGAGCGUCACAAUCGAGCCAUGAUGCUGACGAUAUGGCUGUGUUCACUCCUCUGGAGCUGGAGGUGUCAGAAAACUCACAGAAGUCGGACCUGAACGCAAACGUCAGGGUGGUUCCUCUUCCUCCAGAGUCUCUGAUUCCUCCUGAAACCCACGAGAAGAAAAGGCUGCCUCUCAUCAGUGUGAAGGGUGAGGUGGUGUGCAGUCAGAAGGACUUCAGGAUGAACCUGUUCAUCCCAGGACAGGACGACCUGAUCCAGCUCAUCCUCCAAUCAGCUGCAGCCUCCAGGUUCCUGCUUGACCGGAGCCUUGAACCGCCUGAGACACAAUAUGCAGCUGAAGCUGAAGCCAGCGGCGUCCCUGACGACGCUGCAGAGAGCUUCCUCCCUGUGGAGGCAGACAUGGAUGUGGAACAGGAUGCAGAGGAACACGUAGAGCGGCAGCAGUCCCAGGCUGCGGCUGAAGGCCGGAUGAUGCGGGAGAGACGGCGGGUGGAGGUGGCGAAGCAGGAGGAGCCGCCGGCUGCUGUGAACGUCUGGGCCCAGCAUGACCCGUACUCUGCUAUCGGAGAGGAUAAACGCUUUAAAGCAGGAAGGUGCUACAAGGUUCCUGAGGGCCUGGAUGACCGGGGGAAGAGGAAGAGGAAGCCAGCGGCGCUCCUGCUGGACUUUGGGAGCUGGUUCAGAGGAACCUGCGAUCCUCCCAAGCAGAAGCUGAAGGUCAGCCCCACAUUCCCAGACCUGAACUACAUCUACCUGAGCGCCAUAAAGCACCGAGUGAGGAACCUGAAGCGGAUCCACAGGCGAGCGGGCGUGAUGAUGUCAGAGAAGGAGAUCCAGAGGACCUUCCUGCAGCUGGAAGAGGCGGGGCCACGCCAGCCGGGGGCGGAGCCUGUGGAUGAGCUGCUGGGUGGAGAGGACGACGGCUCGGACACGGAGCAGGACGGGUUUCCUGACGACGGCCCUGCAGAGUUUGGAGCGGACUUGGUCCCUGCAGAGGCGCGGGGGGAUGAGCUGACCUACGAGGAGCUGGUGAACCUGCGGGUUGAGCAGCUGGUGAAGCACUGCCAGGGCUACACCCAGCAGACGGCUCUGUCCCGCAGAGUCAAGGACUGGGAGGACAAGAUCCAGCCUGAGCUGGUGCUGCAGGAGCAACGUCCGCCGUUCGACAUCCACGACUACGGAGAGCGCAUCGUGGAGAAGCUGCGUGUCGUCGGCUGCAGAAGGACGUUUGCCUCCAUCGUUCAGGGCCUGGACAACUUUGAGGCCUGCAAGUUCCUGCUGGCCUCCCUGCAGCUGGCCAACGACCACACGGUGGAGGUGGACAGUGCUGUGGGUCUGGAGGACAGCGUGGACACCAUGGCCCUGACUCUGCUCAGCACCCACAGAGCCACGGACCGCUUCAUCGCUCUGGGCCUGAGCUGAAGGAGCUUCUCCCUGCAGCUCACCUGCAACCUGUCAGCUUCUCUGUUUUCUCUCAUUUAAUUAAAUAUUCACACUUUUCACAGGCGGGAGACAAUUAAUCAGACCAGACAAUUCAGCUGCUUGUUUUUAUUGAAUUAGCUCUUUGAAGAAAACAUGUUCAUCAUUCUGUUUAACAUAAUAAAGACGCUGAGGAGGGUCAA